AUGAUGAUGAACCAGACCACUGUGACCAACUUUAUCAUCCUUGGCUUCUCAGCCUUCACAGAUGUCCGUCUUCCUAUUUUCUUUUUCUUCCUCUUCGUAUACUUGGCCACCCUGACUGGUAAUGGAGCCGUUGUCUACAUUGUGCGUUCAGAUCCUGCUCUGAACUCUCCCAUGUACUUCUUCUUGUGUAACUUAUCAAUCUUGGAGAUAGUCUACUCCUCCGUCACUAUGCCAAAAAUUCUUACAAAUCUCCUAUCGAAGGACAAGAAAAUCUCAUUUCACAGUUGUGCCAUUCAGAUGUUUUUCUUCUUAGCACUGGGAACCACUGAAUGUCUUCUUCUGGCCGUCAUGGCCUUUGACCGGUUCAUCGCCAUAUGUAGACCUCUUUAUUAUAGUUUGGUCAUAAGUGCCCAGAACUGUUGCCGUCUUUCUGCAUUUUCCUGGUUGUCUGGAGCUAUACUUUCCAUGGGGCAGACCUUGUUUAUCUUCAGCCUGCCCUUUUGUGGGCCAAAUGUUAUUGACCACUUUUUUUGUGACAUACCUCCAGUCCUGAAGCUAGCAUGCUCAAGAACAUACUUGAAUGAGAUUGCCAUCUUCAGUGUAUGUGUGGUCAUACUUCUGAUGCCCUUCCUUCUCAUUCUAGGAUCCUACACUCAAAUCAUCUCAACCCUACUGAAAAUGACCUCUGUAGACAACCGUGGCAAAGCGUAUUCCACUUGCAUAUCUCACCUGACUUCAGUCACUCUUUUCUAUGGCACAGCUUCUUUUAUGUACUUUCGGCCUCGAUCCUCGUAUUCUCUGGAGACUGACCGUUUCUUGGCUCUCUUUUACAGUGUGGUGACUCCUAUGUUAAACCCUCUUAUCUACACGUUAAGGAAUCAAGAAGUAAAGCUUUCAUUUCUUAGGAUUCUGAGACGUCUUCACAUUUUAUGUAACAAGUAA